UCCAACAAAGAGCAAACACUUGUCAAAUUAACUCCACAAAUUGUAAUUUUCCCUUUUUCGACAUUAAAUGUUUUCUCAGAAGGUUGAAAAAUGAUCUUUUACAUCACGCGUCAGUAAAAACAAUCAGCUCUGAGCAGCAGAUUCACCGAAGUGAACUCGACUCUUCUUCGAGAGCAGCCUCCAGAGAAUUAGACCAUUGAUUAUAACUUUAUUUCAUCAGGGUCGAAGCUGCUGUUACACUUUAGUGAAUAAAACUUUAGAUUUUCCACCAGCGCUGCUUCAGUGUUUACAGUUUGUCUCAAGUCUCUGCUCAGACGUGAACAAAUUGUGUAAGAAGAUAAUUUGCUCCGUCAUGUGACCUCAGAAUACUGAUGAAGCAUCUUGAAGGAAUCGGAUGAUCUGGAUUUCUUUUAGAAACUCGUUUUCAUAUCGAGUCGUUUUAUUCUGAGUCGUCUCGAGGACAAAUGCAAAUGUCUCCCAGAUCCGAAGGUUCAGCUGCAGAGAGAGAAACAGAAACUCAUGUAAAUUCAGGAGAAUCACUUUCGAGUGAUGUUUGUUUUCGUCCCUGAGUCGAGUUCCAGCUGCAGGUUAUUGCACAGACAUCACACGUUGGUUCUUCUUAUCAGAUUAAUUUCUCUGGUGUCAUUAUUCUCAGUUAUCACACGUCUGUUUCUCAUUUCCUUCCUGGUCGUCGGCUUCACCUCAACUCUGCUGCUUCGUUUCAGGGUUUUUAUUAUCGAGUAUUUUUCUUUGUGCUCUUUUCCUGUUUCCCAUUUAUCUACAAAUAACUUACAAAUAAAUCAUGUAAUCAACAUUUGAAACACAAAGAAGAAGAAAAUUUACAUUUAUUUGCAUAAACAUGGAUUUCAAACUACAUAAAGUACCAACUAAUAUUUAAAAAUAAUAGAGUUUAUAUUAAUUUGCAAGUGUCUCCACUGCCGGGCGUUGAUUGGCUGUUUCCCUGACAACGGGGGCGGAUUUCUGCGCUAAGGUAUUCUUGGCCUACGCUGAUUGGUCACAGGAACUCCAAACACUUUCCUGAUUGGCUCUGUCAUCUGCCAGUUAAUUCCGCUGGAGGGCGGAGCUACAAGCAGACUCUAAACAAAGGAGAGAUCUGAUUGGUCAGACCUGAGUUAUGUGGGCGGGGCUUUAAGUUGUGGUAGGUGUAACCUGUGGAUUCAGUCAAGUUAAAGAGACGUCAUAGAGAGAGAGACCGGAAGUACGGACUUAAAGGUAAGAAUAAAAGCAUAGAAUAUAAGAUAUAGAAAUAAAUAAAAAGUUUGUAAACUGUUCUUUAACCUGACACAUUCAUUGUGUGUGAAGAAUUGUAUUUAACUUUCCUUUAAACAUCUAAAUUGAAACAUAUGAAGAAUAUGUUGUAAAGUGUGCGUCACCUCAGCAUCUGUUAUAUUUAAAGCUUUAAUUUGAAAUGUUAGUACUCAAAACAAAAUGUACAAGUGUAAAUACAAUAUCUCAACAAUAAAUCCAUGAUUAUUAACCUUAGACAUUGGAGUCAAACUACAGUUUCUUCAUAAAAGGUCCAUUUGGUAACUUUUCCAGAGCUUUUUAUCGUAUCACAUGAUUUUUCAUCAGCAUAUUGAGGUUAUUAAUUAUUAUUAUCAAUAUUAUUGGUUAUAGUAGUAAUAGUUGUAGGAGUAGUUGUUAUUGAAGUUGUAGUUGUGGUGUUUGUCAUGUAUUGAACCGUUGUGGCCUGAAAACGGUGAAUGAGACUUUUAUUCUGAAAUCAGACACUGGAAACCUUAGUGUGUAAAUAUCCUUACUUGACACUCGUGUCUCAAACAGCUGGAAAAGACGAAUCACUUUAUAUUUUACCCUCAGGUUCAAUUUCUAGUGUUUUGAAUUAAUUGCUCACAGAUAUCUGUCACGUGCAUUGAUCCAGGGAAAGUGUGUGUGUUUUAAAUGUGUAUUUUGUGUGUCUGUGGGUGUGUGUGACUCCUCCCACACAUUCCUGUGUGUCUGGGCUGAGAGGAGGAGGAGGAGGAGGAAGAGGAGGAGGAGGAGGAAAGCGAGAAACUGAGGCUGCAGCUGUGGACGCUGAGACAGAACGAGAUGAUCAACAACAACAAGGAGAAGAAGGAGCGCGACUCGGACUCUGCUGCAGCUGCGACUCUCUGACUCCCAACAUCUGUGUUUUAUUAUCCUGCUGCUGCUCAGACAACUUGUUGGAAACUUUAUUCCUCCCGGAGUGAGAUCAGGAGUUUCCAGUUUGACCUGUUUACAACAAAACUUCACUGCUUCUUCUUCUUCUUCUUCUUCUGCUGGAGGAGGAACAACCACAUCCACCUGAGAGUGUGUGCGUGUGUGUGCGUGGAGGAACCAUGGAGAUCCUGGACAGCAGUGAAACCUUCCUGCACUGGGACAGGAACCUCAGCGAGCUGUCGGAGACUGGAGACAUCGACUCGGUGCUCUACACCAACCACUUCUCUGAGCUGCUGGACGACCUGUCACAUGACGCCCUGCUGGGUCAGCUCCUCAGCGACCCCUUCCUGUCCGGGGUGCGGGGCGGCGUGGAGGAUAUGGAGGGCGACGAGGACGAUAGCGACCUGUCCCCGUCCUCGCCCCUGCCCCCCCACAUCACAGCCGAGCACAGCUACUCGCUCUGCGGGGACAGUCGGCCGCAGUCGCCCCUGUCGCACCUGACCGGAGAGCAAGGCAGCGACGCUGAAUCAGACGGGGACUCGGCCGAUUGGCCCAUGGAGCAGGACGAGGCCAUGGACGCCAUGGACGCCAUGGACGGCCUCCUGUGUGAGACUCCCCUCCUCCCCAGCCUCUCCCUGUCUCUGGCCUCCAGCGUGGGGCCCCAACAACCGAGGGCCCUCGGCCCCUGCUGCUGCCGCCCCUGCCCCGCUGCCGCCGCCACCGCUGCCGCCGCUACCGCCGCCGCCCCGGCUCAGGCCACAGUCAGCAGCCACAACCAGAGCAAGAGCAUCAAGAUCAAAGAGGAAAGCAUCGUCCCUCAGAUCAAACUCGAGCCUCAUGAAGUCGAUCAGUUCCUCAACUUUUCCCCCAAAGGUCUGGAGUCCCUGCAGAUGCCUCCCACUCCUCCCAGUUCCCACGGCAGCGACUCUGAGGGCAGCCAGAGCCCCGUCCACGCUCCGCCCGGCCUCUCCUGCCCCACCUCCCCCACCAGCCCCUCUCCGUCCCAGGCCAGCCUGAAGGUGGCGCCGCGGGCCGCCUCCUCCCUGUCCAACUCCCCCCUGCUCACCGCCGCUCAUAAGCUGCAGGGCUCAGGGCCGCUGAUCCUGACGGAGGAGGAGCGCCGGACGCUGGUAGCUGAAGGUUACCCCGUCCCCACCAAGCUGCCGCUCACCAAAGCCGAGGAGAAGGCGGUGAAGAAGAUCCGCAGGAAAAUCAAGAAUAAGAUUUCCGCUCAGGAGAGUCGCAGGAAGAAGAAGGAGUACAUGGACGCUCUGGAGAAGAAGGUGGAGAACUGCUCUAACGAAAACAACGAGCUGCGCAUGAAAGUGGAAUCUCUGGAGUGCACGAACAAGUCUCUGCUGCAGCAGCUGCAGUCUCUGCAGGCGCUGGUGGCCGGCAAAGUCCCCAAGUCCUGCAGGAUGGCUGGCACCCAGACAUCAUCGUGUUUAAUGGUGGUGGUUUUGUGUUUUUCUCUGUUCCUGGGGAGUUUUUACCCCGGGAGUCUGACCCCGUGCUCCACCAUCACUGAGACAGGCCUCGCCUCAAAGCAGCUGUCGGUCCAAGAGUCGUACACGGCCACAGUGAAGUCGAGGAAUCUGUUGUCGACCUUCGAAGACGAGCAGCCGCACCUGCUCGGCCUCGGCGGCGAAUAUCCCGACCAAUGGGAGGACAAGCCGGCCGUCGUCAUGGCGGCGUGGCGUCACUCGGAGCAGCAGAAGCUCGUGGUGGAGCCAGUCAGGGCGGAGACACACCCACCUUUCAUGAGUAAAAACAACGAAACGCAGACGCCGACAAACCUGCUGCUCGACCUGCACAGGUCUCUGGAGCAGCAGCUGACGCACGAGAGCCGCAGCAAAGUGGUCGAGCUGGAGCGAACGGUCAACGAGACCUCCUGAGGUCGACGCCCCCCCCAGCCGACCUCCUCCACACCCCAUCCUGACCUUUGACCCCUCCCCCCCUCUGGAGCAUGGUUCAGUGUCCUGGAGCAAACCUCAUACAGUAGUUGUUCCCACUGCUGAUUAUUUAAGGUCAUUUAUGUUUUCAGCCAUCUCUGUUCAAUCAGAUACACUGUAGUAGCACGAAUACGAAUAAGAAGACAGGGGGGGGGGGGGCACUGGUUGCCUUCCGUUGUGAAGUAAAAGUUGCACUGAAUAGUUUUUACGUGAGUCAGUUUUAUUCGUCCUAAUUGACCCGACAUGAAAACGCUGUUAAAUUCAGAUAAAAUUCGAAAAAACGAUCCAAAUGUAGCGCGACAUUCAUUCCAAUGGAACGUGUGUUAAGAGACGACAGGUGAGGCGUUUGUACAGGACACUGACGAGGACCUCUGUAUUUAUAGAAAUCUUGUUUUCUAGUUUUAAUAUUAAAUGUUUUUAAUUCUAUUCCGUACAGUCUAUCACAUUUUGAUACUUUUAUUGUGUUUUACGAUUUAUUUUAUUGUGCUAUUUUAUAUGUUGUUCAUAUUCCUUCAGCUGACUCGAGGUUUUCCCGCGUCGAGGGCUCAGCUCGGGGGUUCCUGCGCUUAUUUGAGAAAAAUCGGAGACGUUCUGAAAUAUUUGGUGGAAUGAAAAAGUGUUUGAUUUGAGUGCAGCUGGAGAUCAAAUGUCAUUUCACACCUAUAAGCGUCAUUAUAUAUUGGGGGGUGUGUGUACAGAUGUUACAGAGGUUUGCAAAAACACGUGGGGACCCUGCGAGCGGAGCCUCACACAUUUGGACUGUGUGCGAAUCAGGGGUCAAUAUUUGAGACUUUUCUUUCUGUACAUAUUCUUUUUAGUUUUGGUCAUGAAAUGCAUUUUACAGAGCCACAUGUUUCAAGUAGCAAACUUCACCUUAAAAUAACGUUUACGCAUCCGGAGACAUUUUGGGAACAAGUUUAUUUUGCUUUCGAUGCAGACACGACUCUGCAUCUUUUUAAAACUCACUAAUUAAUAAAUGAUAUCAACUUGUUAAUUAAAGACUUCCUGGGAUUCGCUGUUUCCAGAUGCUCCUCCAGCUUCGUGCAGGAGGAAUCAAUCCUCUCACUGAAAGCAAACAAAACCGUUUCCCAAAAUGUCGAGCUGUUGCUUUAAAAGACGUUUUAAGAUGGAGCCACAGAUUUCUCCUCCUGCGCUCACCUCGCUUGGCCUCUAAUCCUCGCUUUGCACACCGUCAGCUCCAAGAGUCUUCAUCUGCUCUUUUUUUAAAAGCAUUUACCAAAAAACAUAUUUCUUCCCAGAAAUAAAAAAAAGAUAUAUCUAUUUUUGUAAAUAUGAGUUGUUAAUAAAUAAAAAAAAGUCUAAAUGUGUCUGGGAUGUGCAGUUUAAAACCAACGUUUGAUUCCUUCUGUCAUGAACGUGAGACGCCUUAGCUUCAGUUCGACUUGUUUCUGGGUUUUGGUUUGAUCAUCUGAUGAUUGCAGGUCAUCGUGGCUCUUAUCUGUUCUUAUUAAGUGUUUUACAGACGUGUUGUCGUGUGUGUUACAGACCAAACCAGACAUUUUAUACAAAUGUAGUAAUAUCCAGUCAAUUCACCCGUGUCUGUUGUCUGAGCUGCAUCACGCUCCUCACGCUGUAGAAAACACAAGAUGAGAUGUUGGUUUCAUAUUUGAAAUGUUCACGACCUGCUCCCUCCAGUUGAGAGCGUUUUUCCAAAGUCAGAUUUCAUUUCUGUGUUGCUUCUGUGUAAAGCCCACGUGACUUAUAGUCUUUCUGUCUUUUUGCAUUCAAACGAAUAAAGUAUUUUCCGUAGUAAAA